AGCAUUGAGGAUCAUUUAAAAGCAGCUCUUGGCUCACAUGGACAUUACAGAGGGAUUCUGUUGCUUCAGUUUUCUUUCGUGUAAAUCAACUUGAGCUCUAUCCAGAACCGGCCCACGUAACCUGAAGAAAGUUGAAGAUGUUGUGGCUUUCAUUUUUGCUGAUUGGGAGCAUCACCUGUGUCCCUGUCAGAAAAGACUAUGGAUUAAAUGCGGCCGACACAACGUUCAUGCCGCAGCCAUAUUCUGCUGGGUAUCGGUACAGUGGAACAGGGAUGAGUUCUGGCCCGGGCAGCAGCUCCCCUCUACCAAGUCUCACCAACCCAAGCUUUGACAAAGCUACUGAACUGCCUGCUCAAGAUGUGGUUUACUACAGCCCAGGCAGCUACGGCAGCACCAGCAUGGCUGAGGGUGAGGCGUUCAGCGGCGGCUACUCCAGCUACAGCAGCCCUGAGGUCGGUCGGUAUGGGGCUGCUUAUGCAGCUUCUCGGUACGAUGUCGCUGCUGCUCCAGCUGGCAGCUAUGUUGGAGGCUACGGUAGCUCGGCUGGUGUUUACGGAGGGGGCGAUUCCUACGGGUUUGCUACAGCCCCUCAAGAUGAGGUAUGGAGCUCUGGCUCUGCUGGCGAAGAAAUCCUUGAGCCGGUCUUCAGUGACGUGUCUGACCUGGAGCCAGUGUACUCCUUCAGCUCUCGUUCAAACUACCAACGAGGAAGAGCCGUAUUCGCCCAAACCCGCUACAUCCCAGAAGAGCCCGUUCCCCCACCUCUGCCAGUAUCCAUCAGCAAAACCGCUUCCAAGCAAAGCAGUCCUAAAGCUACAAAACAUGGUUACCAGUAAUCUGUGGUCUCAGUGCUCCAGUUGUCUCAUCGCUUCUACAUGAGCUGAUUCUAAUAAAGUCUUGAAUCAAACCUUG